CACCCUCCUCAACGUCCUUCUCCGCUCCCUUCCCUUCCCUCCAAAAUUCCACUUGCUUCGCUUCUUGCCUCCGUCGGUCGGUCUCUCUCUCCCGCAUCAAUUCUCCAGCCAAAAUUUCUAAGCGCGAUGGAUGCAGCGCCGCUAAGCAAGGAGGCCCCGCCGGCCGCCGUCGAAGGCGCGCUCCCGUCGCCGGCGAAGCAGGCGGUGGAGCGGCGGCCGUCGCCCGACGACGACGCGACCGGCGUGAGGGCGAGCGGCGGCGGCGGCGAGGCCGACGACGAGCAGGUGGAGAGGUUCUACGCGCUGCUGGAGAACAUCCGCGCCAUGAGGGGCAUGGUAGGCGGCGCCACGGCGGCGGCGGGGAGGAAGAAGCGGGCGCGGGAGGCCGAGCCGCCGUGGCGGCCGGCGUUCAGGAUGGAGGACUUCGAGCUGGACGAGGUCCAGUCCGACGCCCCGUGCUGCGGCGCCAGGAGGGAGAAGAGGGAGAGCAGCCGCGGCGCGAGGCGGCCGGCGGAGGCGGCUGGGAGGGAGACGACGGACGGCGACGAGGAGGAGGACGGCGAGGAGGUCGUGGAGGUGAAACGUCCCCGCCGCCGGCCGCAGCACAAGGCUCGUCGCGCGGUUGUGCUGGCAGCAGUUGACAGGCUAGGCGGGAGAUAGUCCGGAGGCCGGAUCCAGGUGCACGUACGGAUUAUUGUGAUGUUAAUUGCCUUUUACUAGGGAGAAACAUGUAUCAUGUGCUCUCUUAAACUCUGUCAUGUAUAAUAAUUAUUAUUACAAGAUUUCAGAGUCAGGUACGUGCACACUAGCAGCCCUGUCCUGUUUAUAUCUGCAAUAAGUGCGAUUUGCCGUC